AGUUUAAUGGAAGUGAAGUUUUUGUUUCCUGGCGGUUACCAACAGACACCAUAGCAUGUAUCUGCUGAGUUAUCGUCCUCCUAGAGCAGAGUAAUCCCAGAGAAGGUGUCUGUGUUGAGUUUUUCUCUCCUUUUUCUUCUUCAUGAGGGGAAAUGUCCGGAUUUCAGGUCCUUAAAGAUUUAUUUAAGCAGCGGCUCCUCGCUGCGACCCGCAGAGACGAUGCCGGACAGACAUCCGGGCAAGGGGAGCGCAAAAGAAAACUGCUGGUUGUGAUUUUAACACCUGGAUCAAAACGUCAAACAACAGGUUAGAUUUAUUUCUUCUACCGGAAACUUGAUUCAGUGACACAGCUCAGCCGUUCGCUCAUCUAUCCAGAGUGUUAGCCGCAGUUAGCUCCGGUGCUGAUGAGGGCCGAGCUGGGCGGACUAGUGUUGUGUCGUUCACGAACGAUUCGUUCAAAAGAACCGAGUCUUUUAAGUGAACGUACUGAACCGAAUUCGUAUCUCACUUCAGUUGAGCUGUCAGAAGCGCAGCUGUUAUAGCACGCAGCAUUGAACAGCAGCAGCGAACAAGGGACUGCAUGUACUGACGCCUGAAUCACUUGGUAAAUGAAUCACGCAUUGAACUACACUCUCUGGAAUCAUUUUUGUCAGACAAAACUAUUUUUUUACAGCUAAAUUGCCACCACAACAACUUGCAUACAAUAGGACACGGCAUGUAACAAGUAGUGCAUUAAACCCGCAGCAUCCUGUCAUUGCAGCGAGGGAACAGUGCAUGUUCAGUGAACACAGUUGCGCACUGUGAUGACAUCAGAUGUUUGGUUACGGUGAUUGGUUACAGUAGUCUGUCUAUCAAGGAAAGUACUCCCGCCCAUUUUUAGGGCUCCCAAUUGGCCGAAGUCCAGACUGUUGUGGGAAGGAACGGCAAGUGAUUCACGCAACUGGGUGGCCCAGCCAGGCUAAGGUGUUUGACCUGGAAGGGCAAAAGGUUUUUGACCGUCGUGGCACUAACUGCAGGUGUUUUCCUUGUUUUGUUCAGUGUUGGAUAUCAGCUGCAAAUGGAUUUGGUUUGUUCAUUGCAAUAAAUUUUUUUAUUCAAUGAUCAUUACAACUCAGGGUAACACUCAGUAGUGCAGCACGUCAACUAAGUUAUUCCAGGUCAAGCAUCUCAGUAGCUUUAAGUAUCGUCUUAGCUCCUACAUAAACAAUAUGAUGAGUCACAUUAAUAGGUUUGACUUAAAAAUCUACAGUUUCAUUAAGGUCUCUUUUGGUCUCUUCAGAAUUCCCUCCUGAUGAUCAGCAGUCAUCGGUGAGUAAUGAGGAGCCUUCUGAGGAGCAGCAGGAGUGGAGCCCCAGUCUAGACCAGCAGGACAUUAAGCCCCUGCUCAUUAAAGAGGAACAGGAGGAACUCUGGAGCAGUCAGGAGGAGGAGGAGGAGCUUCACGGACCAGAGGAGACUGAAACCACAGAGUUUCCUUUCACAGUUGUCCCUGUGAAGAGUGAAGAUGAUGAAGAGAAACCUCAUCCCUCACAACUUCAGCAAACACAAACUGAAAAGAUGGAAAUAGAGACUGAUAGUGAGUUCUGUGAGGAACCAGAACCAGCCAGGAGCUCAGAUCUGGAAACACAUUUACACCCAGAGAUUGAGGUCAAGACUGAAGACUCCUCUGAACCUGAGACUAAAGACAGUGAUGAUUACAGCCAGGAACCAGGAGAUCAUCAGCUCGGUUUAAAUGCUGUGGAAAACAUCGAGCAGAUGAGACCAAAGAUGAAUAAGAAAUCAUACGGCUGUUCUCAGUGUGGAAAAACAUUCAAGAGGAAUUGGCAUCUAACCAAACACAUGACGACUCACACAGGAGAGAGACCCUUCAGCUGCUCUACAUGUGGGAAAAGAUUUGCUCAAAAAUAUCAUCUGACCCAACACACGAUAAUUCACACAGGAGAGAAACCGUUUAUCUGCACGGAGUGUGGUGAAGGAUUUACCCAGAAGGGAAGUCUGCAAAGACACAUGAUACUCCACACAGGAGAGAAACCCUUCAGCUGCUCUAUAUGUGGUAAAAGUUACACCCAAAGAGGACAUCUGACCCAACACAUGCGAAAUCACACAGGAGAGAAACCGUUUAGCUGCUUUAUUUGUAAUAAAAGUUUUACUCUAAAAAAGUACGUGACGAAACACAUGGCACACCACAGACGAGAGAAACCAGAGCACUGAACGGUCCUGAUUUAACGGGGUCAGGACAUUAAAUAAUCAAUGAACUGAUUAGAGAAUCCAAUAAGAAUGAUAAGUACCUUUUUUAACGGCAGCACAGUUGUUUUGGUGGAGGAACCAGUAAUUAUGGACAGAAUUUCUGGGCGCAGCCGGGGGGGUGGAGGGUGUCCAGUUCGGCAGGCAGAGGAUCUCGUCGCUGCUUUUUGCGGAUGAUGUGGUUCUUCUAACUUCAUAGAGCAGUGACCUUCAGCUCUUGCUGGGGCGGUUCGCGACCGAGUGUGAAGCAGCUGGGAUGUGAAUCAGCACCUCCAAGUCUGAGGUCAUGGUCCUCAGUCAGAAAAAGGUAGAUUGCCUUUGCCGUGUCGGAGGGGAGGUCCUGCUUCAAGUGGAGGAGUUCAAGUAUCUCGGGAUCUUGUUCACGAGUGAAGGUAGGAUGGAGCGGCAGAUCGACAGGCGGAUCAGAGCAGCGUCAGCAGUGAUGUGGACGCUUGACCGAUCAGUCGUGGUGAAGAAAGAGCUGAGCUGUAAGGCGAGACUCUCGAUUUACCGGUCGAUCUACGUGCCGAUCCUCACCUAUGGUCAAGAACUUUGGGUAAUAACCGAAAGAACAAGAUCGCAGAUACAAGCGGCUGAAAUGGGUUUCCUUUGCAGGGUGGGCGGGCUCAGCCUUAGAGAUAGGGUAAGGACACUUGGGAGGCGCUCAGAGUAGAACUGCUGCUCCUCCACGACGAGAGGAGUCAGCUGAGGUGGCUCAGGUAUCUGGUUAGGACGCCUUCUGGACGCCUCCCGUUAGAGGUGUUCCAGACAUGUCCCAGCAGGAGGAGACCUCGUGGCCGGCCCAGGACCAGGUGGAGGGAUUACAUCUCGCCUGGCCUGGGAGCACCUGGGAAUCUCCCCGGAGGAGCUGGUGGAAGUGGCCGGGGUGAGGGCCGUCUGGGCUUUCCCCCCUGAAGCUGCUGCCCCCGUGACCCGGACCCGGAUGAAGCGGAAGAAAACGACGACGACCAAUAAUUCAUAUCAGCAGACCUUACUUUGACAUUUUCUGAUAAUUUAUCUAUAAAUAAAUUAAAGUGAAAUUCAAGGAUGCAUCAGUGAGUCACAUUUAAAAUUAAACUGAUUCAUAUUUCUUUAGACCGAAUCAUAGUUUCAUCCUGUUAGGUUUGACUUUCCUGUUGUCUUUCUCUAAACAACUUUAAUUGACAGCAAAACUUUUGAUUUUAUGAUUAUUUAUCAUAUAUUGAUAACAUAAAUAUUCAAUUUCAUGUUGACAAUAGAACAAUAAAUGUCCUAACACACAUUAGAGUGCCAAACCCUCUAUCUCCUGUGCUCUGGUGUAUUUCUGUGCCAUAACUUACGCUGAAAGUGUCGGUAUGUUUCUGUAAAGAAAAAGAAAAAUGAUUUCCAGUAAUUUAUUUAAAUUUAUUGCAGUUUCAUCUUUAUGCUUAUAUCCUGAAAAUAUUGAAACAGCCAUUAUUAAUCCUUUCUUUGUCUCUUAGUUGUUUGAUGUAACUUAUGAAUAAAUCAGAGAAGUUUUCUGCUUCAA